AUGACCUUCUUGAGCAGCUUUAACUGCUUGGCCACCCAUUUCAAGGGCAGAGCAAAAACGGUUCUGCAGAUGAAUGUCAGUGUGAAUGAGAAGCACGAUGCAGCAAAAAGCUCUCAAAGGCCAAGAAAACUACUCACGAUAAAGUCAGAAGCUUUGAUCUCCAUGAACCAGUUCUUGGGGAUCUCCAGUUUCUCAGCUAUGAGCCCAAUCGCUUGUGAAACCUGCGCAAUCGGGACUCCAUUGGCAACAGAGGAUAUUUCUACACGAAAACAAAAAGAGGAUUCAACUACAAUGGCGUCAAGAAAAGACACAGAGUCAGUCUUUCACGUUUCAAACUAUAUGUAUACCUUUCAGAGAAUGAGUCAUGUCCUCUAUUCGACAGGCAAUGUAGAUACUAGCAGCACGAAACGCAAUUCGUUCCUUUUCUUUGCAUUGAUUCUCCACUUUCUUAUAAAUCUCAUUAGCCUUAUCCUACAGAUCAAGAAAUACUCCAGUUUCAAUCUUUGUCUCUAUCAUAACUAG